AUGGUCACCUUGUUGCCGGCCUUUCCUCCUCGCCGUGUCUCGGGCAUCCUGCGCUGCACCAUCGCCGCCGUCUUCCUUCUUUGCUGCUUCUACUACCUCAGACUAGGCGACGACCCUCUUCCCUCCCGCUCACGCAUCGAGUACUAUACACCCCCGUCACCUGCGCCCCUUGACAAGCCGGCCGUCCGUCCAGAUACCCAACCCUCGAUCCCCGAGUCCGACUCGGGCGACCACAACGAUGAAUACGUCAACGGGGCCCUGGCGGAAUCGCUCCCGAAACCCGUCUCCGACUCCAACUCCAAUUCCAACACCGACCGACCAAAGACCCCACCGAAACAGAAACCGCACCACCCAAUCGACACCCUCAUAGCCGAAGCGGACACAACAUUCAACCAACUGCUCGCCAAGGAAUCCAAAACCGUCGGCGCCGCCGCCGAAGCCUACCGCAACCGCCGCGGGCGCCACCCCCCGCCGGGGUUCGACUCGUGGUACCACUUGGCCGCGGAAAAACGCUCGCUCGUGAUCGAGGACUUCUUCGACCAGAUCUACCACGACCUGGAGCCCUUCUGGGCGCUCGACCCGGCGCUGAUGCGCAAGGAGGCCGCCGCCUUCGACCAGUUCAUCACCGUGCGCGACGGCGCCGCCAACACCACCAGCGAGUGGUUCUGGACCGAGAUCUGGCUCGACCUCGUCGUCUCCCUGCAGCACCUGCUGCCGGAUAUGGAUAUCGCGCUGAACCCCAUGGACGAGCCGCGCAUCGUCGUGCCGUGGGAGGAGAUGGCCAAGUAUGUCAAGCGGGCGGAGCAGACGAGGACGAUGCCCCGGCCGCAGGAUGUCAUUGCUAGUUUCCAGACGUUGCCUCCGCGGGGGAAGGUCGAGCCUACGGUGAAGAUACAGCGGAAGCAGUGGGAUAAGACGAAAUUCUACUGGAAACUCGCCCGCCAAGGAUGCCCGCCCAACAGCGCAGCCCGCACAGCACCCCUUCGAUCCGAGGCCAGCUUCGCCGAACCACCCAACAUGUCCAUGACCAACGCAGCACCGCACCUCCGCGACGGCUACGUCGCCAACUCGUCCCUGGCCAAGGAAAUCUGCCACCAGCCCGACCUGCAAGGCCUCAACGGCAUCUUCAUCGAGCCGCUCUCGACGUCGACCACCAAGGCCCUCUUCCCGCUGUUCGGGGGGUCCAAGCUGGCGAUCAACAACGAGAUCCUCCUCCCCGCGGCCAUGUACUGGAAGGACGAGGAGCGGUUCACGGGCGGCGCGUACCACGGCGAGGGCUGGGCGACCAAGGAGGACGGGGUGAUCUGGCGCGGCGUGGCGACGGGGGGGCGCAACCGCGCGGGCAACUGGCCCGGGUUCCAGCGGCACCGGUUCGUCAGCAUGAACAACGACACGCUCGUGUCCGGCGUGGAGGACGGGCAGUGGCGGCGGGCGGUGAAUUUCGCGUUUCCGGAGCCGAUGUACCGGGUCGCGGCCCACGCGGCGGGCAAGCUGGGCGAGUGGCUGGGGACGUGGGCGAAUGUGGCGUUCACGGACCUGAUGUGCGCCCCGGAGGGGGAGACGGAAGGGGGGGGCUGCGGAUACGCGAGUCCGUAUUUCCUGGUGGCGCAGGGGUUGACGAUGGCGCAGCAGUUCAUGCACAAGUACCUGCCCGACGUGGAUGGAAACAGCUUCAGCGGGCGGUACCUCGGCUUUCUGCGCAGCACGAGCUUGCCGAUCAAGGCGACGGUGUGGAAGGAGUGGCACGACGGCCGGCUCGUGGCGUGGAAGCACUUUGUGCCGAUGGACAGUCGGUUUGGUGAUUAUUACGGCAUCAUGGAGUAUUUCCUCGGGUACGGGGACGAGGUGGCGGGCCAUGACGAGGAAGGGGAGAGGAUCGCGAGCGAGGGGAAGGCGUGGGCGGAGAAGGUGUUGAGGAAGGAGGAUAUGCAGGUUUACAUGCUGCGGUUGCUGUUGGAGUAUGCGAGGGUCGUGGACGAUGAGAGGGACGUGAUGGGGUGGGUGGAAGAUCUGACUUCCGAGGACCUGGGAGACAAUGGAACGUCUCCUUGA